ACAGUACAGCUGUUGUUUUUAAGACCAUAAAUCUCCCUCAUUACUGCCAGUCUGCUGAUAUAAGGUCUACAGCUGCAGGCACCUGUAGAAUUUAACAAAGUAGAGUGAAUUUCCCGCUCAGCAGAAGCAGAGGUGAAUGAGGGAACUGCUGUUUCGCUGUAAGGCAGAAAACGCUGGGAGACAAAUCAGUUUCCCUUCAGCGGCAUGUUGGAGCAAAAUCAGGAGGUGAAGAAACCUGCUCAGUUCAUGUUGCAGAGGGUGGAGAAGGAGUAGCUGGCAAGCAGACAAAUCUGGAGGGAAGAGUGGAGGAAAAAAGACUGAAGAGGAAAAAAGGGGCACAGCUUAAGACGAGAAAGACGGUUAAAUUGCAGUGGGCUGUGGAGAGCCGGCGGAGCAGAGCGGCGGCAGGAGCGACUGUGGGCGGGGAGAGAGGAAGUGUGGUCGACAGGAGAGGAAUUUAAAGUCCCCAUUGUUCUGGAAGAGCAGAGGCAGAGAGAGCAGAGGAGCCAAACGGCCGACAGACGCUGGACAACAUGGACGUGACCUCAGCCAUGGCGAAGAUGUCUAUGAAGCAGAGUGCAGGAGGAGCAGGAGGUGUAGCAGCGGUGUGUCUCAUAUGUAAAGAGAGCUGCUCUGGAUUUCAGCCACAUUCUUGGAGGAAAGCCUGUAUGGCCUGCGGCUGCAGCACGGUGGACCACGCUCUUGGAGGUGAUCUCGAAGAUGACCAGCGGAUGGGACGCCUGCUCGCAGACUCACCCUGCUCCCAUUUGACAGCGAAGGUUAAAGGAGGUGGCGGCCUUCGCAUGUACAAGAGGAACCGCAUGAUUGUGACAAAUCCAGUGGUGUCGCGCAAAGACCCGACCUUCAACACCACGACCUACGACUGGGCGCCGGCCGGCCUCAACCAGAAACUGGCCAUGCAGUACAUGGAGCUCAUCCCAGAGAAUCAACGUCCACUCUCAGGGACGAAUGGAGCAUUGGAGCGACACAGGCACCUCCUCAGCCAGCUCCCAGUCUACGAUCAGGACCCCAUGAAGUGUCAGAGCCUGGCCAGUGAGGAGGAGAUUUCCUCAAUGCUGCUGUUUGUGAAGCACUACAAACAGGAGGUGCUGGGAGUCGGGGAGGUGGCCUUACCUGGUGAGGGCGGAGCUCUGGGGGACGCAGCCGUUCAAAGGACAGCAAAGGAAGCCAAGGAUCGCAGCAACAGCGACAAGAAAGACGCUCUGGAGCGCCAGGACACCAGCUCGACCAAUAGCAGCGCCUCCUCCGCUACUGGUUCCACUAACGGCACGGACGAAAGCGUUAAGACUGAAUAUCGGUGUACUGGUUGCCAUGGUGAGGUUGACAAGGAGAGUCCAGCUGUUUACGCUGAGCGCGCAGGUUACCAUAGCGCCCUGUGGCAUCCAACCUGCUUCGUAUGUUCAGAGUGUGGCCAGGGAUUGGUGGACCUGGUCUACUUCUGGUCCAAUCAGAAACUGCUGUGUGGACGACACUACUGUCAGACGGUUUGGCCGCGAUGCUCAGGCUGUGAUGAGUUGAUCUUCUGCCAGUCUUUUCACUCGGCGAAAGACGGACAGACGUGGCAUCAUCAUCAUUAUUGCUGCUGGAAGUGCGGACAAAACCUGGAAACACCCUGCCAGCACUGAGACACAAUAUGAUGUUCAGUUUUAAGAAGUUUUAGCACUGCUCAAAAACACAAUGACAAGAUGCUUCAGGUACAGUGAAGCAGUAAAAACAUUAAUACAGUAAAUCUUAUUAAUAUUGACUGUGGUUGGUUCGCUUGUUUUACAUUAAACAAAAGAAAGAAGUAAUGAAUAAAUAACACGGAAUAAGUAGACAAAAUGUCCAGUUGAUAUAUUUGUGUUUAAAAUACUUAAGACAUUUAGCUGACGUUGAAAUACUCAAAGACUUGUUCAGCUGAGCCCUACUGGUGUUUCAAGUACUUAACGAAAUUUUUAGUUGACACAAAAGUGUUUAAAGUACUUAAAGACACAGUUUGUUGAUUUAUUAGCACUUAAAGUACUGACAGUAACGGGAGCCAGAUGUGCUGGUUUCAGCCUCGAGUGUUGCAGAAACAAACAGCAGCUCACAGUACGGAGGACCAGGCCUGACAAUUUAGGAAACUGAUGAGUAAAUUAACAAAUAAGAUGGUAUCAGUGUAGAUUUGUGUUUCACUUGUUGACAUUUACUUCAGGCACAAAUAAUCUUAUUGGUUAACUUAGACCUCAGAGAACUGGACAGGUAGAAGGCUGGAAAACUAACUAAUUAGUAAUUACUAGUGCUCUGCUGAAUUUUUUUUUUCUAGAUUUCAACCCUCUGCUUUUCAGUAGUUGUACUAAUUGUGCAAGUUGAAAGUUUUAUUUUACUACCAAAAGUGUAAUUGUCUUUAGUUUCUUGUCCUUUAUGUUCAGUCAAACUGCAGACUCAUUAUGCUUUUAGACUCUUUCAUGAUCAUUGAUCUCUGCUGCUGCUGAAUGCUGCUUUGUGUUAGUUGUAAUCCUGAUAAACUUUUGUAUUUUGGUUAAAAAGGUGUUAAAAAAAAAAGAAUAUAAUCCUAUCGGUCAAAGAAGAGAGUACGGUGUAGGAGAGAAAAGUUUCUGGCUGCAAAAAUCCCUAAAAACAAGUUGGCCAGAAAUAAAAUCUUCCCUAGACAGAAGCUAAUUAAGCUAAUUAGCUUUACUUUUGUUCCAUUAAAUAAAAUUAAUCAAUGCAAUCACAUAGCAUAACAUCAUCUAACAUCUGCUUGUGUUUUUUUAAUCCGUCUCUUACUUUUUGAAUGGAUUGCUGCUAGCAAAAUGCUAAUCGUUCAGAAACAGAGAUAAUAUACAGUUUGACGUGAUUAGCUAAAUAUGUAGCAUAUAGACAAUACUGUUCAAUACAAUGUUAUUGUAGAAUAUAGUGAUAUCAAAUUGAAUAUUGAUAGUUGUUGUCAUGUCUGUGUAUCCAGUAUGAAGUGUUUAGCCUAGCUUAGCAUAAACAUUGGAUACAGGAGGAAACUGCUAGCCUAGCCUAGCUCAGUCAGUUAUGAGAUGUUACACCUUAAAUGUACACAAAGAGAUGAGAUGUCAAUCUUUCUCUGGGUAAGAUGACAAACAAGGAUUUCACAAAAUCCGCUCUGUGAAGGAAAUUUAUUUUUUGUUGAAGUUUUUGCAGAAAUAAAAAAAUAUCACAAACUG